ACGAACAGUUUCGGCUGAACUGUUGAAGUGCUGUGGUGUAGAUUGUAUGUUGCUCCGUAUUCGUUGAACUAUCGCACUUAGCAGCAUUUUUACAGAGAUUUCCCUUUAUCCGAGACAAAUCGCCAGUUUGUUGAUGUUCGAUUUUGUUUUAUGGAAAAUGAAAUCGAAGAUCUUUUCGCGAAGGAGAAGCAUGUUGUGAAUUAUACUUUGUAAUCAAGCGAAAUUAUUCGGUAGUGAAAGAGAGGAAAACGAUUUUCCUCUUCCAGCAGUGUGGAUUACAUCACGGUUCGUUUAAACAGCGUUUUACAUCGGGAGAAAUGAACGUAGAAUGUGCAUUUAGGAAUUAGUGAAAUAUAUACCGGAAAACGGAAACGGGAAAAAUUUAUGUGAAAAUUGAAUAACAUACGCGUCGAGUUGUUGAUUUAAUCGCAGUGUGUUUGAUCUAUGUUGGGAGUUGUCAGUAGCGGAAGAGCCUGAGUAUAUGAAAUUGAGUUAUGUUUGAUUCGUGUAACAAAGCAGCUUGCGCAAACUAAUCUUCCAGUAAUUGGUGUACUUCGAUCAGUUCCAAUUGGGGCUCGAACAUUAAUGGUCAAUAUGUUGAUAUACGUUAUUCAAAGCAGCAGGUUUCGAUCUCUUGAUUAGAUCUCGCGAAAAAAGACAAUAAAAAAUACAGCCCAACGUAGCCGACAAACCGGGCGUGCUAUAAUUGAUGAUUUGACAGCUCGCGAUUUUAAGGCAGCAAGUAACACAAUCCAUCGGACGUCCGGAGCACCUUGCUUCGGCGGGGGCUAUUAUUUAUCGAAACGCUGAACUCCGUGCGACGCAGGCUGGAGAGACUGGAAGGCAAAUUCUGCCAAAACAAAAGAACGACAGCCUCCGUAGAAGGCACGACGGAGAAAAACGUAAGAGACGGCCGAGAUCGCACCGGGAAGAUCUUGCCCGUGAAGGCCUCGGGACUUGUAGCAAGAUAGAACGAUUCUUACCUUUCGCUGCACUGCCGGUUCAGGUUCGCAGCCAGGUCUUUCGAAUCUCUCGACGUCUGUGAAGCGCACCAGAACAACAGUGCUGCUCGUCUGCCUGGCAAAAGGCAAGGAGAAACACGAAUCCCGAGACGCUCGGGGCAGAUCCAGACAUGGCGCCGAAAUCGAGAAGAAAGAAGGCAAAUGCACGAGCACUCCAAUGUUACUGCGAGGGGCACUGCCCGGGAAACCUACAGAACGGAACCUGCGAGACUAGGCCCGGUGGAUCAUGCUUUGCCGCUGUCGAAGAAGUCACGGAUGAAGAAACCGGUCUGAAGGUACCGGAAUGGAGCCACGGAUGUAUGCCACCGGAACAGAACGGAGGAUUGCUUCAGUGUAAAGUUGGAGUUCAAUCACCCCAAAUUCACGGCAAAUCCAUCGUAUGCUGCGACAACGAAGACUUCUGCAACAAGGACCUACUACCCGAGUAUGUACCGAAAACAACAACCCCUCCACCGUCGACGGAUACGGACGCUAGCGGCGUUCAUACCUUCGCCCUGAUGGCAGCAGUCGGUGUUGGGUUGGCAGCAAUCAUAGCACUUCUCAUUUCCGUUUACGUGUAUUACAAGAAACGUGAAAAGAGGAAACCUCACUGUCUAAUGGACUCGGUGUGUAAUCCCAACAUUUCCCCACUGGCUGAUCUGGUGGAACAAAGCAGUGGCUCAGGAUCCGGAUUACCAUUGUUGGUUCAACGAACUAUCGCCAAGCAAAUUCAAAUGGUGCACUCUGUCGGCAAAGGUCGCUACGGUGAGGUGUGGCUAGCAAAAUGGCGCGAUGAGAAAGUUGCGGUCAAAAUUUUCCUGACAACCGAGGAAGCCUCCUGGUUCCGAGAGACUGAAAUCUAUCAGACGGUGCUUAUGAGGCAUGAGAAUAUUCUCGGAUUUAUCGCCGCCGACAUCAAGGGAACCGGAUCCUGGACACAGAUGCUGUUGAUUACCGAUUACCACGAACUGGGAAGCUUGCAUGACUACCUUCAAAAGCGGGUACUGAAUCCACACAUGCUGAAAACACUUGCACUAUCCCUGUCUUCCGGUUUGGCUCAUCUGCACACGGAGAUUUUUGGCCAUCCGGGUAAGCCUGCCAUUGCCCACAGAGACAUCAAAAGCAAGAAUAUCUUGGUCAAACGCAACGGUCAAUGCGCAAUAGCUGACUUCGGUUUGGCCGUCAAAUACUCCAGCGAGUCGGACGAGAUUCAGAUUGCUCCCAAUACGCGCGUUGGUACUCGCCGUUACAUGGCCCCGGAAGCGUUGAACGAAACACUGGAUACGAAAGUGUUCGAAGGUUUCAAACAAGCCGAUAUGUACUCCCUCGGUCUUGUGUUCUGGGAAAUGGCACGCCGCUGCAUCAGUACAAUCCGAGGAACAAAAAAUACUACCUGCGAGGACUACGCACUGCCUUAUCAGGAUGUUGUUCCAUCGGAUCCCAGCUUCGAAGACAUGUACGCAGUGGUCUGUGUGAAAGGCGUCCGCCCGCCGAUUCCACAGCGAUGGCAAGAUGAGGAUAUUCUGGUAGUGUUGUCCAAGAUGAUGCAGGAAUGCUGGCACCCGAAUCCGGCUGUUCGAUUAACAGCUCUGCGAGUAAAGAAGACUCUUGUUAAGCUCGAGUCCGACUGUUCGAUUAAGAUAGUGUAAAGCGAUUGGAUAGUAAUAGCAAGCGUGUGUGAAUGAGACUCCCGAAGGUAGCAAGUAACAAACGUUUUAUUUAUUCUACAGUUGUUCUACUCUAGUUCGAUUAGGUCUACUUUGCUCUAGACUUUAGGUUAGGUUCUCCGGCGUAGCACUAGUUGUAAAAUCCCACUUUGUGAGGCACUGUUGGAAUUCACCUUCUAGAGACAAGCCGAGAUGCCAUAAUAUGGACUUAAAUCGUUUCUUACUACGAAUGAACAAGUUCAUUUAGGAAGUACAUUUCCGUCUGAUUUGGAGGUUUCUCGUUUCGAGGGACCUCACUGUAAAUAGCAAAUCUCUGUAUAGUUUAGGUUAUUCCAUUUUCCAAACACCACUGACGCACCAUUUUUGGCUAGCAAAAAAAAAACAACAGGAUCCUUCCUUUUCAGUCGUUACUAGCUUUAAACGUUGUGAACAAUAAAAUGCCAUAUAGAUGUAAAGCAAGGAUUUCACCAAAACAUACUACAAAAGAUUAGCAUUUUCAGCACGUUGAAAUACUAAAGCUUUUUGGCUCGUAUAGAGUUGCCUUGAAAUAAAAGAAGAAGAAAAAUGACUGACUGCAUUGUCCUCGUUUUACCUAACCGCUAUCUUGCAUGAAUACACGUAAAAAUUAGCCGUUAAAAUGUGGCCUUAUUUUCAGCCGUUGGAUUAUUGUAAAUAAAUGAUAAUCAUUUUUUCGAUGCACGAUCUCGUAUCGCCUAGCAAAAAAAAACAAUAGCAACAAGUCAACUCAUACUUUGAGGAAGCUUAUCUUCAACACAUAUACACUCACACAUACACGAAAUUAGCAAAAUGCUUGCAAUGAUAAAAAAAAGCUUUCGGUAGAGUUUCCUAGGGAAACUUCCGACCAAGCCAACAAGUUGUCAUGAAAUUACUCAAUUUAUAUUGUACAGAUUUUUAGACGUCGUGCGAGAAAUGUUAAUUUAGUUACAUUCGUAAGAUUUCUACACUGUUGCAGUAGUUUUAUAGUAGAACUUAACUCCCAGGCUAGCGGAUAGCUUGAAUUAAAAAAAAUGUUAAUAUUGUUUCUGUAAAUAAACAAAACAGUUUUGUAUUUUGUUUAGAUGAAUUACGUCCCAAAAAAAGGACGUAAUAGUAACAAAUGCUUCAUAUACUUUUAAAGAACCGAGCCGAGCGAUAUUUUCGUCGCAGAUUACAAAUAAAUACAAUAAAAUAUUUUUCUACGGUAAAAUUUUAGAUAAUUAUGUGAACCCUGUGAAAUCGGUAAAGUAGAUAAUAACAACACUUGCACAGGCAGGGGAAUGCUGUGGUAUGAAUGCUAAAUGUAUGUUGAAAACAAUAAAAAUAUUUUAAAUAUGUCGUA